AUGGAGAAUGUCUCUCAGUCACGUCCAGCGGGUAUCCUGCUGACCACAACUUCAACGACCACCACAAACCAAGUGUACUAUUAUCUUUUAUGUCGAUUUAUCUCCGACUCCUAUCUACAAUACAUGUUCGUAUACGCCAUGUGGUGCUUUGUCAAUCCCGGAAUUUCCAUUCUCGGCUUCGUCGCCAACAUGUUGAGCCUGGAAAUUCUUCGACGCAGCGGCCUCCACAAGCCGUCCAGCAUUCUUCUCUUCGGCCUAGUCAUCGCGGACAGCAUGUGCCUCUUUAUCACCAUGAACUACGGUCUCAUUGUGCUGUAUUACGGGCCAAACAAACGGUACCCAAUACUCUGUGGAUUUCAGUACACUGACGCUGCCAAUUAUUUCCUCGCCGUUUCCGUGCCAAUUUUUCUCUGCAUCGGAUACUGGGGUCGCUACGUGAAUACCCUGAUUCCGAUUCUGAUCACGCUGGACAGACUUCUGGCGGUGUUUAAGCCAAUGACGUUUAAAUCUUUAAUCACAGCCAAACGAACGCUGAUUGUAGUACUAUUAUCAUUUUUGCUUUGGUUUCCAUGGACGCUGUUCUACUGCGCGUGGAACAGGAUCGAAGCUAGGACUGUAGGCACGGUAUCGUACGUCUAUUUCGGUGUCGGGAAGAUAGUUCAAGAAAAUAUGGAGCUGGUGACAAUGCUGGAACAGUAUGUAAUUGAUACUUUGAUAUCUUGGAUUCCGUUGACGAUCAUUAUUUUAGGAUGCGGGGUCUUAUCCAUAAAAAUAAAGAUGGCGUUAUUGAAAAGGAAAGCCCUAACGUCGUCGGGGACGAAAAUCACGUGGUCGCGGCGAACGACCCGGACCCUUAUGCUGACGUGUCUCAUUUUCACCGUCACGCACGUGGCUGUCUCGUUCAUCUUGUACUUUUGCCCGAUGGAAACUCAGAUGCAGGUGUUUGUACGAAAUCAGUUACUGAAUCUUUUUUACGCCCUAAAUGCGUCCAGCAAUCUACUGGUCUACAUCACCUCAGAUGGGAAGCUGUUGGACAUUUUUCUGAAAAUAAUUCGACGAAGAUCCUAA